AUGGCCGGCGGAAACAACAACAAGGCGAAGACUGCGGCUGCGAGCGCCUCAACUGGUCGCUCUGACCCCGCUGGCGGGUGGAAGGACGUCGAGCGAGCAUUCAUGGAGCAGGCCAGGAAGGACAGCGCGCAGAUCGACCAGAUCGAAAAGGACUGCCCGACCUUCACCAGCGACGGCGCGAAGAAGGAGCUCAGCGGCGUGAACAAGAUUAUGAAGGAGCAGAAGGAGGCGCAGGACAAGAGAGUGAAAGACGUGAAGCGGUUGGUCGAGGAGGACUUCAAAGUCCAGGCCAUCACGGACAUGAGGGCGAUGAUUAAAGGGAAAAUAAUGGAAGAGCUGGCACGCCAAGUGAAAGCGGAAGUCGACGGGCAGAUCAAGGACCACCUGCGCCCCACGCUCCUCGAGCAGAUCAAAGAGGCCGAGAUCCACCUCGCCAAUCUCAAAAACGCAAUCCACAACACGGAAGCACUCACCGCAAACUCCAAGCUCCAGGGCGACGACCUGCACAUGCCACUAGCCCCGCUGCGAAAAGCGGACCACAGCAUGAGCGGGUGCUGGCCCGAGAACAUAUACAGCCUGUGCGGAUAUAGCAACAACACGCUCAAGCAGCUCCUGAGGGACUACGACCUGCCCGUGCAGGACUCCCAGCAGGCCAACGUCGACAAGUUCCUCGCGUUUAUCGGGGUUACCUUCUCUCCAGUUGUGAUAGACGACUCUGACGAUGGUGAUGAUGUCCCGGACGGUGCCCCGCCCGGCUAUGCCCCUCCUGUGGACCCUGCUAGUGGAACGAUCUUGGUGAACGUAUGA